GUAUGAAUUACGAAGAAACGUCAACGUAAUCCGCAACCAUAGUUGACAUACAAAUUCAGAGUCGUCUGCUUGUGCAUGUAAUGCUGUAGUUAACCUUAAUAAUUCGUUGUAUACGUUAAGAUCAGGUAUUAAAUCAUCGCGUAAAAAACAACGCUGCGAUGGACGACAAAUCUGAAUGUUUAAAAACGAAUGAAGAAAUUAUAGAAGAGCUUACGAAAGAUCUAGAAAAUUCUUGUAUCAAAGAAAAUGAUAAUUAUACUACAUCAAACGACAAUAUCCAAGAAUCGAAAAAUGGUAAUCUAUCGAAUGUUUGCAAUGAACGUAUAAAACGAAACAGUGAUGAUGAUGAUGAUAAUUGGGAAACAAAGUGUAAAGGGGAUGCAAAUCAUGAAAAAGAUAAUAUGGACGAAGAAAUAUUAAAAGAAAGAGAACAAAAUCUUUCUGAAGAAGAAAAAGAAACUCUUAAAGCAGAAGCAGAAAAAUAUAAAAAUGAAGGAAAUGAUUUAUUUAAACGCGAAGAAUACCUUGAAGCAAUAUCUGUCUACACGCAAGGAAUUCAAACUUGUCCAUUAGCCUAUAGUAAAGAGAGAUCCGUUUUAUAUGCCAACAGAGCUGCUGCAAAGUUAAAAUGUUUGGAUAGAGAAUCUGCAAUAUCCGAUUGCACAAAAGCUAUAGAAUUAAAUCCAAGUUAUGUGAAAGUAUAUGCUAGAAGGGCUCGACUAUAUGAAGAGACAGAGAAAUUAGAUGAAGCUUUGGAAGAUUACAAAAAGAUUUUAACUUUUGAUCCUGGUCAUACAGAGGCAAAUUAUGCAGUUCGAAGAUUACCUCCAUUGAUUCACGAAAGAAAUGAAAAAUUGAAAACUGAAAUGCUGGGAAAACUGAAAGAUUUAGGAAAUAUGGUAUUGAAACCUUUUGGACUUUCCACGAAUAAUUUUGAACUACAAAAGGAUCCAAAUAGCGGUGGUUAUUCUGUGAAGUUUCAUCAAAAUCCUAGAUAAUACAAUAAUUGACAUAUAUAUUAAACAUCAUAAGAAUGGAUUCUGAAAACAUGUCGUGGAAUAUUGAUAUAUACAUACCUAUGUAAAUUCUGCUUGAAUGGUGUGUGCUUGUUGUAAUAAAAAUAUAAACAUUAUAAUAGAUAUUUAGAUGAAGAUAUUGAAAUUUGUAUUUGUAUAUAGAAAAACGUAAAAUCGUAAAAUCUCGUUCGAUUUUACGACGAUACGAAGUUAGCUUAUUUCACUACCAAUUAACAUUUGAUAAAAUUUGUUUCAAAACUUACAAUAUUGUGACUGAUUACUCGAAUACGGCACAAGAUUUACGAAUUAUAAACGGAGUAAGUAUACGUUCUUACGUUUAUCAUAUACGGCGUAAAAUAAUUAUUUAUUAGAUUAUUUACUUGUCAUAUAUUUUGACACAUCAAUUUUAUUUACAAUUGCAUGUCGCUUGUUACAUUGUUGAUUUAUAGUUUCCUUGGUAUCUACUCCAAUUAAUGUUUCGAUCGAUGAGCGUCGAAUAAUUAAUAAAUAUAACGAAAAUUUUGUUUGCAAGAGAAAAUAUCAAAUGAUAACAUUUAUGAAUAAUAAAAAAACUAAUAGAUUGCGAAUCCUUGAUAUUUUUAGCAUUUAUCUUUGGACGGUAACAUAAUUUAUAAAAUUCUUCCUCUCUUUUUUCUCUACGUAUAUAACGAUCUUAUUAUAUAUAUAUAUAAAUUCAACAAACUAUAGA